AUGGGUGACGGUGUCGAUGUCGAAGACCGCAUGAGCGCGGACCUGCGCCACCGGGUUCGAGGUCUACAAGAGCGAGAGGAUAUCAUCAACUCUUGGGACCUUGAUAAGGAGUACGACGAAGCCAAGGCACUCUUUCAGCGCGAGCUGCCUAAGCUCGACUUCGAUGAAUACCUUGGGCCCUCUCUUGUUAAGAUAGUCAACGAGUGUCGCCAGUCCAAGAUUCGAUGCGAACCAAAGCUGCGAGAGAUCCAAAAGAGAUGGAACCUUGAUCGCAACGGCUUUAUCCAGCAUUUCGGCAAAGACAUGGCCAGCUCAUAUAGGUUCGUAUCGCCGCUCCUUCAAAUCGCUCAGAUUACAGCUCUCACAGACGCCUUUGCGGUGAUGGAUCGGAUACGCCAAGAGCGCAUGACAAGAAGGGAGACUAGGGCAGGCGUUAGUAUGAGGAAGCCCUGGCAGCCCUGCGACGCAACAAAAGCGCUCGCCGAACUACGGCCACUACACGAGGGGUCGCUGGCCCAACAAUCGGGCCUAAAAACUCAGAAACGAAGACGCGGCGAAUUGGGCGAUGAAGAACCGGUCUCUUCCGCCCCUGAGAAGCGGAAGAGCGCUACCCAGAUAGCACAAAGUCGAAGCCGGACUCCCACGCCCGGCCCCGUAGAAGGAAGGAUCCUGUCACCUCUGCGACUCUUGCAAGCAGCUGAAGAGAAUGAAGACGAUCGAGGGAGUCUUACUGAGCAAGACAUCGAGCACCCUAGGUGUCAAGUCCAGCAGCUUUCGGAUAUCGUAGACGAUUCGACCCAGUAUCUUGGUGAUGCCGUAGACGGAGCUUCUGGCCACGCCCUGGACGACUAUACGAUAGCGAGCGUAGACGAGAGUACCAGCCAAGUCGCCCCACUACUUAAACCGGAGUCGCUGGAUACCGAACCGCUUACGCCACCUCAGACUCACCCCGACUCCUUCUCCCCGGAGAGCCAGGAUUCAGCACCUUUACCACUGCUAGAACCACAGUUGAUGCCCCUAGCUUCCUCAAUACCUCCAACAACGCUAGCCGGCGCAUUGUCUUCGCUCGCCGACGGAACCUGGGUAUCAGCAACUGCCAUAGAUCUAGUGCUCGAUGUCUUCCGCACGGAAGGUUUCAGAGUUGUUGAUAAUACCUUCGUCAAUGUCGCCAAGCCGGCCGAGUUAGGCAGCAAGCGCUUACGCAUCAAGGCGGAGUCUGUGCUCAUUCAGCGGCUUCUCGACUCAGACCACUGGACUGUCUUGUUUAUCAACCUUGAGACUGGCGCUGUUGAAUAUGCGGACAGCCUUCGUCAGCACGAUUCUACGCUUCCGGCGAAGAUCCAAUCAGUGUUGGAGCAUUACACGGCUUGCCUCUCGAGCGAUGAUCGCUUUCGGCAUGUGCAGUGGAAGUUUACCGCGCAGGACUGCGCGAGGCAGGACAAUGCCUCGGACUGUGGUAUCUACAUGUUGGUGGCUAUCCUGUAUCGAAUGGCUUAUCUGCCGCAGCCGGAGACUAUUGACGCUGGGCUCUGGCGAAAGAUAUUCCGCUCCGCAAUCACUGCCAAAAGCGUGUCCGCUGAGAGCACCAACUCGCCCCUUAACAGCAGCGUCCUUGAUGGUGUUAGCCUCCACGGUAGUCUAUGCCACGAUGUAUCAGGCCUAGACGCGCUCUCCAGGCACUUUGCGCACAUAUCCACGCUCGUCGACAAGCGUAUAGCAAAGACUGAGCGCGAUCUCCAGCAUGCGAACCAAAAGCUCCGACAUAGCCAGGACGCGAGCGUGCUGCUUUCCCGAUUUCUAGAAAACUCCGAGAACGUUUUGCACCAGGUCGCCGCGGAAAAGGACAGCAAAAAUACCCUCCUCGGUUUCUACAAGCACAUGCAAAACCAUUUGGAGGAGUUCCUCAGAGAUGCAUCCUUGUACCCUCCAGGGACCGACCGGCCUCCGGAGCUCGGAGAAGCGAUGCGGCAAUAUCAGGAGUUAUCGAUUCAAGGCGUUGAGAAGGCCGCUGCUGGGAUGGAGCAUUUGCUAAGGAAAGCGACGGACACCCAUCGUCGGCAAGAUGCGCUACGGGCGGCGAAGCACAUAGCGGAAGCGGAAAAGAUGGCCUGGACAACGCGCGUCACGAGGCUAGAAGAGUUAGCAAAGGCUCUAGCAAUGGAGCUGCACGCGUUUUACACAGCCCAGAUUGAAUUAGGCCAGAAGGGUUUGGAGAACUUGCGGGAUAGUGGGCUAAUCGGUUUGUGA